CAAUGUAGCAACUAUUGGAAGUAGCGCGCCAAGUCUUGUUACAAUGUUUCAUCCCGUCUCCCACAGCGCGGGUUCUUCUGGGCCCGACGAUGCUUUCGAGGAUGACUCGUGUUCGCCAACCUCGUCAUUUUCGUCGUCCUCUGCCCAGCCCACCAACGUCUCCCUGCCGGACCGAGUCCUCUGCGCCAACUGCGGCCUGGAGAUCGUGGACCGAUACCUCCUCAAGGUAAACAACUUGUGCUGGCACGUGCGCUGCUUGUCGUGCAACGCGUGUCAGGCGUCGCUGGGGCGGCACGUGAGCUGCUACAUCAAAGACAAACAGGUUUUCUGCAAGCUGGACUACUUCCGGAAGUAUGGGACCCGCUGUGCCCGGUGUGGUCGUAACAUCCAUUCCAACGACUGGGUGCGUCGGGCGCGUGGCAGCACCUUCCACCUGGCUUGCUUCUCCUGUAAUUCUUGCAAGCGCCAGCUCAACACCGGGGAGGAAUUUGGACUGAUAGACGACCGGGUGCUCUGCCGCACACACUACGAGAUGAUGGAGAGUAUCAAACGGACCCAGGAAACCAAGAGAGAGAGAGCACAAAAUGGCGACGACGCACUCUUGGGUAAGGACGUUAUCGGCGCCAUGUCAAAACCAGCCAAGAGGGCCAGAACAAGCUUCACUGUGGACCAGUUACAGAUGAUGCAGAACCAGUUUGCUACGGACAACAACCCAGACGCCCAGACCCUGCAGUUACUGGCAGAGAGGACUGGCCUCAGCCGCAGGGUCAUACAGGUUUGGUUCCAAAACUGCCGAGCUCGUCAAAAGAAACACGUCAGCCCG